AUGCUCUACAAGCUUGAUCUCUCGACGUCCAACGGAUUUAUUUACGGCGGGAUGGUUCUCAACGGUAUUGGCACGGGCAUGUUUCUCAAUGCUCCGUUUGCGGUCGCCCAAUGGCUGGCUCCACCCCAGGAGACAUCGAGCGCCGUUGGAUUCAUCAUGUGUGCUCGAGGAGGAGGCCUUGCAAUCGCACUGUCCAUCGCAAACACCAUCUUCCUGAACCUGGCCCAGAACGGGAUUCGCCAUCGGUUUCCCACCCUGGACACGACGCAGAUUCAAAGUCUAACCUCCGGCGCCGGGAGCCAUCUAUUGGAGAGCCUCAAUCACGCCCAGCAACAGCAAGUCCUCGCAGCGAUUGUACACGCGAUCAGUCGUGUUUUCAUCCUGUCGAUCGCCUCCGGCUGCUUUUGUCUCUGCCUGUCGGUUUUCAUGGAUCGCAGAAAAAUCAAGAUCGGCUAG